UUUUUUUCAGCUAAAAUGGAGGGAAAAGCUGUUUUGAUUUUUCUAGGAUUUGUUUCCUGUGUUUUUGCAGAAUACUCAAUGAAGCCGAAAUGUGAUAAACAAUGCUUAAGUGACAGAAGUUGUGGACUAGGAUACUUCUGCAAAACCGUAGGAUGUAAUAGUUUUUGUAGAGCUGUUGAAGUCAUUGGAACACUUGAUCGUGUACCAAUAGACUCAAUACUUCCUGGUAAUACAGUCUCAUCGGGAUGCUUAAGAAGUUGUAGAUUGACAGGAAGACAAGAUUGCAGAAGAUUUUGCCAAAGAAUGGUUGAUAACUCCCAAUUGGACCACAUUCUGCCAGGCGGUUCAGUAGAUCGUAUUGCCCUAGGCGGUAAUCGAGAUAGUAUUAUUCGAAGAGGUUCAUUAGAUCGUAUUAUUCAUAGCGGUUCAUUAGAUCGUAUUACCCUAGCCGGCAAAGGAGAUAGUAUCAUUCCAGGCGGCUCAGUACAUAAUCUUAUUCCAGGCGGUUCGGUAGGCCGUGUUAAUCGAGGCGAUUCAGCAGGUCGUAUCAUCCAAGGUGAUUCAUUUGACCGUAUUGUAUCUGGUGGUUCAGUUCAUCGAAUUUUCCCAAAAAGCUGUGUCGACACUUGUUUUUUAAGGAAACAAUGCAACUUCAAUGAGGAUUGUCAAAACGUAAAUGGAUGCAAUAAAUGUGUUCGCGUCAAUGGUUACACAUAAUUAUAACAUGAUCAAAGGCCAGAAAAUUGUGCAAUGUUAUUCUAACUUUAUCCAAAUAUUGUGAUAUUAUGAUAGUUUUUUAUAUUUGUAAAGAUACCAAAAUAAAAUAUGUAUUGAUAUAGAA